AUGGGUCAAGAGGUUGGUGGUUCUUGUGGUGGUGGCGUGACUCAAGAUAUGGGUGGUGGAGGAGGGCUGCGCGGAGCCGAUGGGGAAGCAAACCCGCGACCGCCUGCUGCUGGGGCUGCACGUGGGAGUGAGGAGGAAGUCGGGUGCUGCUUGCUUCUGCCGUGUGGAAGAGAAGGGAAGUUGCUGGUGUUUCUGUGGGCCGUGAAGCGGCUGGUGGCGCCCAGCUGCUUUGCUCACUGGUGGCGCAAGGGGGAGAAGAGAGAAAGAAGGAGAAGGAAGAGAAGGAGAGUGACGGACGUCGAGCUUCAAGUAGUAGCCGCCGCCGCCCUCCGUUCCCACGAAAAGGGUGUUUGCCAUCACCUCUUGGACAAUUCUUUUCUUCUUCAUCAUCUCCCACUCCUCAAGAAGGCGUUUUCAUCUUAUGAGAAUUCUUCUUCUCAAGGUAGAACACAACUAGAUGACUACUUAGGUGAGCAUAAAUUGGAUCCUUUGUCGGAUUUGGAUGUUCUUGGUUGGUGGAAGGAUAAUGCUAAAAGGUUUCCACAAGUUGCAAGUAUGGCAAGAGAUUUGUUAAGUAUUCCAAUUACUACUGUUGCUUCCGAGUCGAGUUUUAGCUUGGGAAGUAGGAUACUAACAAAAUGGAGAGCUUCCUUACUACCGGAGAGUGCCGAGACUUUGGUCACAACCCGAAGUUGGCUAUAUGGAUAUGAUGUUGAAAAUGAUAACAAUUCUCUUGAAGACGGUGUUGAAAUUCCGAUUUUGCGGGAUCCAAACAAAGAACCUCAAGUUAUCGGCGUAGAAGAGAGCGGAAUUGAAAUUCUUGAAGAUGAUGAUUUUUAGUAAAUGUUGUCUUAGAUUAUCAAAUAGUAGACUAUGAACAAGUUUUUUA